AUGGCCAGCUUUGUGCAGGAAAUAUGGGAGUCCAUCUUCGUUCCGGGGACAACGCCAACCCUCUUGGUCGCCACCAACGUCACUUUCGCCUCUCUGCAACUGGUUCUCUUCCUCCUGCUGGUUGCCACCUAUAGCAUUCACUUCAUAAUAUUGUCCUUCUUGUGUGGGGGGCUAUGGUGGGCUAUCAACUGGUUCGCGGCCGAGUUGCAGGUUGCCCAGGCCAAGGAAGCACGAGAGAAGGCGCGCGCCGAACAGCGGCCAGCAGCUCAAACCAGCGGCGAUAGCGAGACCGAGGUGGAGACCAUCGCCACCCAGGAAACCCCUGCGCCAGUCGGUAAAGGGUUGGAAGCUGUCGAACAAGCAGGAGACUUGAAGCUCCGACCGGUACCCUCGACAGGGACGAAAUCGAGCGCCAGCACGGAGGACGAAUGGGAGAAGGUUUCGGAGAACGAGAACGAAAAGGACAAGUGA